AUGGUGAGAAACUAUGAUCUUAAAAUUUUUUGCCAUAGUGAUUCUGCUGUAACUUAUGUUACAUGGUUAGAUGAGUUGCUUAUAUUUCAUAAAAUCAAAGAGUUUGCUGAGUGGAUUCUUAAAGUUGGAAAUGGUGAACUUUGCGAACCUAAUGAUGGCGAGGCUGACAUACCCAUACCAAAAGACCUUCUUAUUGAAUCUGAGCAAGACCCGGUAAGCGACAUUAUCAACUAUGUCUAUCCAGAUUACAUUGCUCGACUGUAUGAGAAGAACUACUUUGAAGACAGAGCAAUACUUGCACCGACACUUGAAACUGUGAACCUCAUUAAUGAUAGAAUGUUGAAUACUCUUCCUGGUAACGAGAGGGUUUACCUAAGUUCUGAUACUAUUUGCCAAGCUGAUUUAAAUCCAAAUAUUAGCCCAGAAUUAUAUUCUCCAGACUUUCUAAACCGAAUAAAGAUUUCUGGUCUUCCGAAUCAUAAUCUAACUCUGAGAGAAGGUGCUCUUGUCAUGUUGCUUAGAAAUGUUGAUCAGCAACAAGGUCUUUGCAAUGGUACUCGAUUGCAGGUAAAACGUCUAUGUGAACAUGUUAUUGAGGCAAUUGUUAUUUCUGGAAGUCACGUUGGUCAUAUCACAUAUAUCCCCCGUAUGAAAUUGACAAGUUCUAAUAAGAAACUGCCUUUCCAAUUUCAGCGACGACAAUUCCCACUUUCCGUUUGUUUUGCGAUACCUAUCAACAAAAGUCAGGGACAAUCGUUGGGGAGGGUUGGCCUCUAUCUACCCAAGCCGGUAUUCACGCAUGGACAACUUUACGUUGCAUUGUCGAGGGUCAAAAGUAGACAAGGACUGAAGGUGCUUAUUUGUGAUCAACAAGGCCAUCCAACAAACCAUACGACAAAUGUUGUAUACAAAGAAGUUCUUCAGGGCCUCUGA